GGGAAUUUUGAAUUUACAUUUUCUCCAUGUUAUGGUUGCUUUUAUGGACGUUGCAGCUGUCCUUGGUUCAAAAUGUGAAAGAUUGUCCGGAUGGCUAUUUUGGUGUUAACUGUGAGAGGGAAUGUAGACAUCCUAAUUAUGGGGCAGGCUGCCAGGAAUUUUGUGGCUGCAUGGAGGAAAUGUGUAACCAUAUGUCCGGAUGUCAGGAAACGGCCGUGGAAACGACUAUCAUGCAGAGCACCCUGUCUCUGUUCAAUAACACAGAUAUGCCAAAAAAUGAAAGCAAAAUAGUUUAUAUUUUCUCUGAUUUGGUGGAUAUAUUUCAAAAAGACACCAAAAAUAAGCCUUCCAUGUGGACUUUAUUAGAUAGAAGACAUAAAUCGAUGCUUAUCGGCAUAAUAGUCUGUUCAUCGUUAUUAUUGAUUAUCCUGACGGGGAUUGUAAGAAAGCAAAUUCCUAAAUAUUUAGAUCUGUACUUAAUUAAACCUGACGAAUUCCGAAGAGCAGCCAGAAUCGAUUCAACAGACACCUCUUAUGUGUAAAUACAUGCUCAUCUAAAAAAAAUUGAAUUUCUG